CCAGAGUCUGAGCUUUUCUUGUUCAAGGGGUUGGGGGGUUUCGACGAUUACCUUCUCUCUCAGUGAACCUUUAGAAGUUUAUCUGUUUCGUCACCGGAAGUUUCACCAAAUCUUCUUCUCUCUCGGAGUAUUGAUUCCCGGCGUUUAGCAAUGGAAGAAAGUAGACAACUCGAAUCGUCGAUUGAUAGGCUUCUGAACGAAGAGAAGCAGAUGAGGCUCGCGGAAAAUGUCGCCGGAACUAGAAAAGCAGCUACCGAGAUUCUGAAGCUUUGUUUCGAAGCUAAGGAUUGGAAACUUCUCAACGAACAGAUUUUGAAUCUCUCGAAGAAACGUGGUCAGCUUAAGCAGGCUGUGCAAUCCAUGGUGCAACAAGCAAUGCAGUAUAUUGAUCAGACACCGGAUAUCGAAACUCGGGUUGAGCUUAUUAAGACCUUAAACAAUGUAUCUGCUGGAAAGAUAUAUGUCGAAAUCGAGAGAGCUCGUUUGACCAAGAAGCUUGCUAAGAUUAAGGAAGAACAAGGUUUGAUUGCUGAAGCUGCAGAUCUUAUGCAAGAAGUUGCUGUGGAGACAUUUGGUGCCAUGGCAAAAACUGAGAAAAUUGCUUUCAUCCUUGAACAAGUCCGCUUGUGUUUGGAUCGACGAGAUUUUGUCCGUGCACAAAUUUUAUCUAGGAAGAUCAACCCAAGAGUGUUUGAUGCAGACACCAAGAAAGAGAAAAAGAAACCUAAGGAAGGUGAUAACAUGGUAGAGGAGGCUCCAGCUGAUAUACCAACAUUGUUGGAGCUAAAGCGAAUUUACUAUGAGCUCAUGAUUCGGUAUUAUUCUCACAACAAUGAGUACAUUGAGAUAUGCCGUAGCUACAAGGCGAUAUCUGAUAUUCCUUCAGUAAAGGAAAACCCAGAACAAUGGAUUCCAGUCCUGAGGAAGAUCUGCUGGUUUUUGGCCUUGGCACCACAUGAUCCGAUGCAAUCGAGCCUGCUUAAUGCAACCUUAGAAGAUAAAAAAUUAUCAGAGAUUCCUGAUUUCAAGAUGCUUCUUAAACAGAUUGUUACAAUGGAGGUGAUUCAGUGGACAUCUCUCUGGAAUAAAUACAAGGACGAAUUUGAGAGUGAGAAAAACAUGAUUGGAGGCUCUUUGGGUGACAAAGCUGGUGAAGAUCUCAAACUAAGAAUAAUCGAACACAAUAUUCUCGUCGUCUCAAAGUAUUAUUCAAGGAUUACCUUAAAGAGACUUGCAGAACUUUUAUGCCUAACCACUGAGGAAGCAGAGAAGCAUCUAUCUGAAAUGGUUGUGUCCAAAGCCUUGAUAGCAAAAAUCGACAGACCAUCCGGAAUAAUCUGCUUCCAGAUUGUUAAAGACAGCAACGAAAUUCUCAACUUGUGGGCAACAAACUUGGAGAAGCUUUUGGAUCUUGUUGAAAAGAGUUGUCACCAGAUUCACAAAGAAACAAUGGUUCAUAAAGCUGCACUAAGAGCUUGAGAAGCCUGUUUAGCCACACACACACACCAGUGUUCAGGUUCUCGUCCUUACAUCAUCCAUCAU